CCCGACAAGGUGCCGCGGCCCUGACAAGAUGGCGGCGUUCUUCGUGCACGUCUGCAGGUUCGGUGGUUGCGGCUUGACCUUCCCUUCCCUGGGCGACCUCAUACUCCACAUCGAGGACCAGCACAUAGAAUCGGACCCCCUGACGCUGGAGAAGCAGGAGUUGCAGCAGCCUUCGUCCCUGGCGCUGAGCUACAUCCACCGUUUCAUCACGGACGCCGCGCGCCGAGAGCAGCUCGAGAACCUGAAACGAAAACCGUCGCAGCGAGCGCUUUCCCCGGUCGCAGCCAUCAGGAGCAUCACUCCUACAGGAAGUGAGUUUGAUGACGAUGACAUGUCCAGUGAGUCCUCAGACAGUGACAACUCGUGGACCACCAGCGACGACUUUACAUCAGAACUUAUCCUCAACUCCAUGACUCCCUCCAGUAACGAGGAGAAACCUUUCGCAUGUCCCAUUCCAGGCUGCAAGAAAAGAUACAAGAAUGUGAACGGUAUCAAAUAUCACGCCAAGAACGGACACAGAAACGACGGCAAGAUCAGGAAAGCGUACCGCUGCCACUGCGGGAAGAGCUACAAAACUACUCAGGGUCUCAAAAAUCACACGCUAUCCCAGCAUCCCCCCAUAUCGCGCCAGUUGCCGGGGGCAACGCAGGUGGGCCACGCCCUCAUGCCCAUGCUUCAGCACCCGGAGCUGGCCAACUAGCCGCAGUCAGGGACGGGUACUCUCCAAGCAGAGGUUUGGGUUUGGGGUUAUUUUUGGCAUGUUUUUAGGCUUUUUUA